CGUUAGCACAUUCGGCCUCCUACAACCUGGUCAGGAAGUUGCUGCUUUGUCACUCAAGGAACACAAAAUGAAGAACACAUUGAUUUUUGGCGUAAUUCUGAUUAGCCAGAUGAUAGCGGCUAAACCUUACUACAAUAGUGAGCCGAGACCUCAAGUACUGCGAAAUGAUAUAGAUACAAGCAACAUGCCAAACUCUUACAAAUUUUCAUACGACACAAGUGAUGGUGCAUCCCGGACGGAACAAGGAGCAAUUCUGAACUCUGGUACAAAGGAUGAAGCGUUAGACGUACAAGGAGCCGUACGCUGGUACGAUAACAAGGGCAAUCUGUACGAAAUGACAUACAAAGCCGGCAAGAGAGGCUACAGAACAAUCAUAAAGAAGAUCUCGUGAUGGGAAAAGUGCUGUUUAUUUUCGUUUAAAGACUGACGAAAUGCAGACUGAAAUAAUUAAGUGCUUAGUUGGUAGUAAAAUGUCUCGCAUUAUAAAAAUUCCGGAACAAUCUUUUAUUGAAGAAAGAUUGCAAAUUUGGGUGUGAGCAUACAAAAUGAAGGGUUUUUAGAAUAGCAAAAGCAGUUGUAUGAUAACUUUUCGUUAAAGCACCUAUGUAUAAUUGGUGAUAUAAGAAUAUGAAGAAAAAAGUAUUCUCAAAGAAGUCAUAUUUAUUAAUUGUUAUCAAAUCGUAGAACACACUAUUAAUGUAAUUGGAGGAAAAAUAAUAAUCUAUUAAUCUUAGUAAUUAAUUAACAACAAAGAGACUAUCGAUUUUUAUUUACAAAGCCUAUGGCGCAUAUUUUGCAAAAUAUUACGUUUUUAUAAUAUUUAUUGUUAUUAAAGAUUAUAAGAUGUAUGUUUUUCGUUUAUUUUAACACGAACAUUAAAAAUUUAAGCAAUGAAAUAAUUUAAAAUUAACAUGAAUUUAAUCGGAAACAUUUAAGACUAUGAGCAAUACUGAUUCACUACGACAUUAGGUUGUUUUACAUAUUUAAUGUUAAAAUGUAAUGUGACAUUAAUUAUAAACUAUCACGACAAGCACGAAUCACUUGGAAGGAUUUUUUAUAAAUUAUUACAAAAUUCGCAUAAGUUUUUUAAGUACCUACGCAACAAGCAUUACAGAGAAAAGUCUUGCAAAUAAUUGGGUUAUUUAUGAUUAAAGGAUUUCUAACUAAAUAUAAGUAGGUUUUCACACAUACGCAUGCCUUUACAGUCCAUUAUGUGAUGGCACUUAACGUUUCGUAACUGUUAGUAUAUUUGUGUUAUCACUUCGUUACAAAAUGUGUGCAUUUUUCCAAUUGAAAUGACUUCGGCAAACAUUAGCCGUAUUUAAGAUGAACGCUAGGAAAAUUUUAUCAUUUCAUUAUCAACAGUGUCAUCAAUUCGCAAUGUUCAACUUGAAAUUUCUAACAGUCAGCUUCUUGGUUGCGAUUGUCUCAACCCAGCAGCAACAGCCAUCAGGCCAGCCCGAAGUUGAGAUUCUUACAGAGAAGUACGACGUGAGCCUUGAUGGAUACAAUUUUGUGUAUAAAACCAGUGAUGGGGUGUCCCGUCAAGAAGAAGCCCAUCUGAUCACUGUCGGAGAGAACCAAGGUAUCGGCGUCAAAGGCUCAUACUCUUACACAGCCCCAGACGGACAACAGUACGAGGUCUCGUUUACCGCUGACGAUAAAGGCUACAAACCCACUAUCCGGGUCGUAGGAGCUCAAUAAAUUGAAUCAAAAAAUCAUUCGUUCUUACAUUAUCAUUACUUGGACUGCGAUAACAUUUUACAUGUUUAAGGUACCUAUAAUUUGGUAGCACUUAUCAUUUUCUUCCAAACCACUUUUUGUAGACUGCAGUAUCCGAUGUUAAAUAUUUUACAUUGUAUUUUUGCCUCACGGAACUGUAGUAUUGGGUAAAGAAGUUGGCAACUGGGAUCGCUGAGUUUAGGUCACCACCCCUUUUUUAUUUUUUAUCAGAAGAAAUGAAGCGUUUAUUGGCCUAAAACAUUUACAGAACAGCAUACAUUGAAUAAACAAAGAGAAAGUAAAUAAUAAAAGUGAAAAAGAUAUAACUAAAAAAAAAAAAAAGGAAAGGCCAAUGUAGGUCGCUGCCUCAGCCUAAGCAGCUACGACUCUUGGCACAAGGCCGCAACAGUGCUGAUAUUCUGGCAGCGCCCCCUUUUACAUUUUCGCAUAAAAACACAAGCCGCACACGUAGCGCGAGCAAGGUACGCAACCCAGGGCCGCACUUCACACCCGCAACCAAGGCGCACGAAAAGCCAAACCCGACACAGCCCCCUCACACCCCACGCCUGAACCGAAGCGCCCCAGAGCGACAAUCUACACCUCUUGGUCGCGCUCCGUACCUAUCCUCUUGGAUAGGUACGGAGCGCGACCCUGAUCAACAAACACGUGUUUAACACGGAUAAUUAUGUGGUGUACGUUAUCUUAAAAAAAAGACUAAAAUAUUACAGGUUUGUAAUAAAAACUAUAUUUUUCUCGAUACUAGCUCAUGGAUUAUUUCGUUAUGUCAUGUCUAUAAAUAUAUAUUCGUAUAUUGAGUAGGAUUUUAUCACGCAGGCAAAACCUCUGAUUACAGACGUUGGCGCCCUUAAGGGGCACACCAGCGAACGAACCUAGCCUCUCGCAAAUCUCACGAGUGCGAAACGGAGUAGCCUUUAAGCGGUUCACGCGGCUUACGAGCGCUUACGGCGUACUAUCCGCUAAAAACCCUGCGAAUGUCCUCUAUGCGGUUAAGUGCGGAACCGCGAGAUCCCCGUUGAGGGACUUCACCGCGUCUCCGCAACCAACAGACCCCCGGGCUAGCCGGGGCUUCACGACAGGGGGGGGGGGGUAUUUCAGGUGAUCCCGCAGACGGGCGCAGGACUGCCCGCGCUAGGAGCUAAGUGUGCGGCCUAUUGCCCACCGCACCACUCCCCGUCCGCUGCUGAAAGGAGAUCGUUCGCUCGUUAUGAUACUGCUCUGGCACUGAUUGCACCUUAAAAAUUGUACUCUGAAAAUAGUAAAAACUUCCCAAUGAAAUAUAAAUAUGUGAUUAUAACAGCUUGCUAUAAUUUGCGCCUUUUUGGAAAAUAUAUAUUUAUUAGUAAUUGUUGAUAACUUAUAUGCAGAUAUAUGUAUCAAUGAAAGAGCUUUUUUGGCUUUCUAUAUUAUAUCUUUACAGUGUAUAUAUUAUAGGUAAUUUACCUAUGUUAAUCGUCUUUAUUUCUUUCUAUGACUCUUCUUACUAUACUCUUGCUAAAUUUAAUAAAUAUUUCCCUAUCUUUGUUCAUUACCAUAAUUUCCCUUAGGUUUUCCUUUCUAAGUUUUGUGUGUAGUGCUGUUUGUGCGUCAUGUCUUUCUCUGUUGUAAAGGGGGCAUUCUAAGAGGACGUGAAAAAUGUCCUCUUCGGUGUCUGGGUCACAUACGCAUCUCGGGGUGUCAUUCUUUUUGAACCUAUGGAGGCAGGCGGAGAAACUUCCAUGCCCGGUGAAGAUCUGUGCAGCUAUUCUAUCCAUUUCAAUCUUUCUUACCGCACCGAAGGCACUCUUGCGGGGCAAGGAAAGAAUGCCUUCGUUGUGGCCGCCGUGUUUUCGCUCCUAUACCUGCUGUCCCAUUUUGCUUUCGUCACUGCGCGUACAUGUCGCUUGACGAAAGAGAUGGGACAGCAGUCAUAGUGUGAUUUGCACUUCAACCCGAGGGCCGCUCCCUUCGCCAGCUGAUCCACUCUCUCGUUUCCGACCACCCCGACGUGGGCCCUGAUCCAAAACAGGGACACGAUUUGUCCGUUGUCCCUGAGUUGGGCCAGGUUACCCUGAAUCGCCUUGGUGAUCGGAUGCGAGGAGUCUGGAUCAGCUAGCGAUUGGAGAGAGGACCUCGAGUCGCUGAGCACGGCCGCUUCCUUCCAUCCCUUCCCUAUUACGCACUCCGUGGCUUGGAGGAUAGCAUACAGCUUGGCUUGGAAGACUGUAUUAUAUGGCUCCAGCUUAAACUUUCGGGAAAGGACUUCUGCCUGCCCUUUCCAACAGGUCAGGGCGGCUCCCACCUUUCCCUCCAGUUUGCUGCCAUCUGUAUAGAUCUUCACAAGACCUUCUGCCAGUUUGCUAUCCUCCUCCUCGUUCUCCAGACAUUCAAAACCUAUCAUUCUGCUGCUACCGGGGUGGUCCGAUUCCAUGAAGGACACCCUUUCCUCCACCUUUCUCCCCCUCAAUAUUGCCUGGGGUUUCCCUCGCUUCGCCUCAUAAAGCUGGGAUGCUUCAUGGACCCUUAGGUCCAGCGGAAGCAGCCCCGAUAAUAUUAAGGCGGAGUUGAGCGACACCGUCUUGUAGCAUUUUGCAAUCUUCUGCGCGAACCCCCUCUGUACAACUGAGAAUUUCUUUUUUGUAAUUAUCUUGUCAGCUUCCUUUUGCCAGACGCUCGCGGCGUAAAGGAUGACCGGUUCUAUCACUGUAAUAUAAAUAGUUCUUAUUAUUUCCGGUUGGAGACCCCAAGUCGUUUUGGCUGCUUUUUGUAUGCCUUUAUAUAUGUUUAUGGCUUUGCCGCAUACGUAUUUUAAGUGCUCAUUGAACGUUAACUUACAAUCUAUUUUUAGGCCAAGAAUUUUUAUUUCGUUUACCAUUUCUAUUUGGACCCCCCGCGUACCGCGCGUACGCGCGUAGUACCGGCGCGUCGAAUUUAAGCUUUUUGGUGAUGACCAUGGCUUUGGUUUUAUGCGCCGCAAAGUUCAGCUUAUUCGACGCGCCCCAUCUCCUGACCAGGGAUAGUCCUACAUUGGCCUUAUCUUCUACUGACUUUUAUCCAAAAGAGAGUCAGCUUAGUUAGCCACACACAGGAGUAGUAAAUUGACCUCCUCCUCCCUAAGGUGAGUAAUGUCUGGGCUAACUUUUUAAUAAACUUUUCACGUGUUAUAUAAUAACACAUUAUGAAGUUAUUUGACGUCCCGGCUCUGAGUGUGGCAAUCACAUCUUGAUAUUCCACUAUCACGGUAGAACUACUGCAUUUUAUAUACUUAACAAUAAUAUUUGGUUUUAUUUCUUUAUAUUACAUUUAUAAACCUGAAUCGAAUUCGGCCUAAUAUCUUAAAUGUGUCAUUGAACUAUUAGUAGGAGAGCUACUGAACCCUUCGAGUAACGGUCUGUCUGUAAGGCUAGAAAUUCUUAUGGUGAUGAGCCAUAGCAUGCUUAAUACGGUAAGCAUCGUCUGGCACUCCUCAGCCCUGCACGUCAUCAAGCCGUAUAUUUUUGAAAGUGUCAAAAAAAUAUUAAAAAAAAACUUGUUGCUGUAAGCUUGAAAUUUUUAUACAAUGUAGUUUAUUCAUUUUUCACUUUAAAAAAAAUAUUGCCAGACGUUAACGAUGAGCACAAGUACCUGCCAGACGAAGCGGAAUGUGUGUAAUAUAUACAUAAAUAUAAACUUUAUUCUGUAAAGUUGAAAUUUAUAUAUGUGUUUGUUUAAGCGAUUUAAAGUAAGUAGGUAGAAUGCCAGGCGGUUCUGGCUAGCACAAGUCCUUGCCAGGCGAGGAGAAAGAUGCUGCAGCAGUGCGAGUAAGAGUCGUAGUAUGAAAACUUACGGUAUAUUAUUCAUGCAAAUUAAAUGAUGUGAAAUUAAAAGUUACGGAUAAAAUAUUUUUUAUUAUUAUAAGUCUUUAAAUUAAUUAAUAAAUCUUCAUCAUCAUUACUUUCUUCAUCAUCAUAAUAGGAUUCUUAGUUCCUGAUUUCAUCAUCUAAAAAGAAACAAAGUUUUAAUUCAUUAAGAACAACAUUACAUCUCUGACCUUGCGCUCAAUUAUAUAGAAUUUCAUAUAUUUUUAUGAAAUGUGUAUUACCUUUAAUGUGUUCUUCAGCGUCACUUGACUCAUUCUCAGCAGUUUAUUCUUUUUAGCGCAUUUAAAUAAAAGUGUGUUUAUAAAAAGUUUUUUACUUUUAAUUUAUUUUUUACUUUUUAGUUAUGGCUGGAUAUAAUCGAGUACUUCAAAAACCUCAUAUUCUUGGAAAGUCCUUUCAUUUGUUGGAAAGUAUAAAAAACUUAGUCUGUCUGUCUGUAGUGGCAUAUUAUUUGCAUUCAGUUUAACUAGGUAAAGUUUUAUUAUAAUUUUAUUUGCGAUUUAAAGUAAGUAGGUAGA